UGCUGCCGUCACCUCAUGGUGACGCGGGUAGAGGAGGCAGCGCGGGGAAGAGGCGGCGACACCGAGGAGGCUAUUGAGGCCAGCCAGGGUGGACGGCGACGCGGCCCACAACAGAAGUUUGAAAUUGUCACAAUGGAAGAAGCUGGAAUUUGAGGGCUAGGGGUGAAAGCAGAUAUGUUGUGUAACUCUCAGUCAAAUGAUAUUCUUCAACAUCAAGACUCAAAUUGUGGCACAAGUAACAAGCAUUCAUUGGAAGAGGAUGAAGGCAGUGACUUUAUAACAAAGAACAGGAAUUUGGUGGGCCCAGCCUACUGCACCCAAGAGUCAAGAGAGGAAAUUCCUGGGCGAGAAGCUCGAACAGAUCCCCCUGAUGGUCAGCAAGAUUCAGAGUGCAACAGGAACAAAGAAAAAACCUUAGGAAAAGAAGUUUUAUUACUGAUGCAAUCCCUAAACACCCUUUCAACCCCAGAAGAGAAGUUGGCAGCUCUCUGUAAGAAAUAUGCUGAUCUUCUGGAAGAGAGCAGGAAUGUUCAGAAGCAAAUGAAGAUUCUGCAGAAGAAGCAAGCCCAGAUUGUGAAAGAAAAAGUUCACUUGCAAAGUGAACACAGCAAGGCUAUCUUGGCAAGAAGCAAGCUAGAAUCUCUUUGCAGGGAACUUCAGCGUCACAAUAAAACGUUAAAGGAGGAAAAUGUGCAGCAGGCACGAGAGGAAGAGGAACAGCAUAAAGAAGCAACUGCGCAUUUCCAGAUGACUUUAAAUGAAAUCCAAGCCCAGCUGGAACAACAUGACAUACACAACGCCAAACUCCGACAGGAGAAUAUUGAACUGGGAGAGAAGCUGAAGAAGCUCAUUGAACAGUAUGCACUGAGGGAAGAGCAUAUUGAUAAAGUGUUCAAACACAAGGAAUUGCAACAGCAGCUAGUGGAUGCCAAACUGCAGCAGAUGACACAGCUGAUAAAACAAGCUGAUGAAAAGCAUCAGAGAAGAGAGAGAGAGUUUUUAUUAAAAGAAGCAACAGAGUCAAGGCACAAAUAUGAACAAAUGAAACAGCAAGAAGUACAACUGAAACAGCAGCUUUCUCUUUAUAUGGAUAAGUUUGAAGAAUUCCAGACUACUAUGGCAAAAAGCAAUGAACUGUUUACAACCUUCAGACAAGAAAUGGAAAAGAUGACAAAGAAAAUUAAAAAACUGGAAAAAGAAACAAUAAUAUGGCGUACCAAGUGGGAAAAUAACAACAAAGCACUUCUGCAAAUGGCUGAAGAGAAAACUGUCCGUGAUAAAGAAUACAAGGCCUUUCAAAUAAAACUGGAACGAUUAGAGAAGUUGUGCAGGGCUCUUCAGACAGAAAGAAAUGAGCUCAAUGAGAAGGUGGAAGUCCUCAAAGAGCAGGUCUCUGUCAAAGUUCCAGACGGGGAGCUGGCCAUGCCUGUGAUGCAGCCCUCCAGGGGCCCAGGCCCAGAUUCUCCCAGGGAGCUGUAUACUUCCUGCAGCAGAGCCCUGGGGGCACCGCUGGAGGCUGCGCCCAAGGCAGUGCAUGAGCCGAGUGCUGCCCAGAAGCCCCCUUCCUGCGUCUCGGCCCCAGGGGUUGAGUCAGUUGACUAGGAGGACAUGUGAUCA